AUGAUGGAAAAGAAAGAGGAUGCUAACCCUAGCGCCGAUUUGUCGAAGCAUAGCAUCGAUCCGCCGCCAGUUCAGGUUAAAAAGGAAGUUUCAGUAGCGGGGUGUUUUGUCACGCUGAAAGAGGGUGGCGAACUUGCAAAUGAAAUUUCGAUUGUAGAUUGCGGAGUUGGACGAAGUAUCAAGUAUUCGCAUUAUAUAUUGUACUUGCGGACAGCGAGUUUAGUGAACGCUGGACCUAUUCCACACCACAGUCGUAACAUGUCUGCUGUGGGAGUGUUCUAUUUCUCCAGAAGCUUCUCCCGCGAUCAUAGUGUAGGGGAGCUGCAUUUAGCACAGGAUCCCAUUGUUAAGGCCUGUUGGCUUCUUUUUGUAGACGGCUUUUGA